AUGCAGCGUCUUUCGUUCUCCAAUGCCUUAACAUCUCCAACCCCUCUCUUCCUCCACACAGAGCUCUCCCACCUCUCCCUCCAAUCCAUAACUCUAACCCCAAAACCCACAAUCAUCCGAAUGGGCGGCGGACCCAGAACUUUCCCUGGGGGCGUAUCCAAGUGGCAGUGGAAGCGCAUGCAGGCAAAGAAGGCCAAGCAGCUCCUCAAGGCUCGGCUCUGCCGCGAGCGCCAAAUCUACGAGAUGCGAAAGAGGGCCGAGCUCAAAGCCGCCGUGUCUGAGCUUGAGCGGCCAUGGGAGGUGGUCGAGAAAGCUCCAAACUUGUUCUCUGUCAGCGCCGACGAGCAAGUCAAGGUUUUGGCAGAUAGGUUUCAGAGGCCUGGUGGCUUCGAUAUGUGGACCGAGAGGGACGGCCCUCAGUUGUUUCACACCAUGGAUGACUUGCCGUCUGCGAGGUUUUUCCCCAAAGGGGUUGUUCAUAGUGUGAGACCGUAUAAAAGAAUUUCUGGGCCUGAGGAUUUGGAGGAUUUGGAGCUUCAAGAUGAGGGCUUUGGAGGAGUUGAAGAAUUGGGUAAUGGGUUUAAGAGUAAAGGGAAGGUAGGAAGUUCAAGUGAGUCAUUGGAUAUAGAGGGUUCAGAUGGGGAGGGAUUGAAUCUGAAACGUUCCUUGGAAUCGUUGAGUACGAAUGAUCAAACUGGGAAGAAGAAUAAUGGCAGAAUGAAGAAGAAGGGGAAUAGGAGAAAGUCUGAGUCUUCAAGUGGGUUUGAUAAUGGGCAAAUUGGUUUUGAUAGGAAACAAAGAGUACAGAGUCCCAUAAUGCGCGGUGGCAAAAGUCGACAUAAUAGAAGGAAUAGUUCGAAGUCUAAUGUUUUUGAUAUGAGCUUGCAGCAAGAUGGAAGUUAUGAACUUCAAGCGUAUAAUGGCCAGCCAUGA